AUGAUGUCGUGGUCGAACUCUCAAUGGUUGUUCUUAUACUUUAUAUUAGGACAAUUUAAUGUACAUUAUGUAGCAUCAGCUUGGCCAUCGACAAACUCUUCAAACAUUCAACUAUUAGGCCUUUUUGAAAAUGUAUCCAACACAUCUGAAUCUAGUGAAGUAUCUGUUCAUAGUCGUGCUAUGUUUAAAGCAGCUGUGAUGCUUUCUCAACAAUAUAAUAUAACAAUAGAAGGACAAUUGAUAGAAUGGCAAUCAGCCGAAACUGGUGGAAAUACAAUCAAUGCUCUUAGUAAAGCAUGUCAAGCAUUGUCUAUUUCAAAUAUUGUUGGUAUUGUUGGUCCACAGUUAUCAAGAGAAGCUCAUUUAAUAGCUGAUUUAGGUAAAACAAUAGGUAUACCUGUUAUAUCUUAUAGUGUAACUGAUCCUGAUUUAUCUGAUCGAAAUGCUUAUCCAAAUUUUUAUCGUAUAGCUCCUUCAGAUAAUUUAACUGCAUUAGCAAUUGUAAAAUUAUUAAUUCAAUUUAAUUGGACAUCAUGUAUACUUAUUUAUCAAAAUGAUGCAUUUGGAUCUGGAGGUGCCAAAGUAAUAGAUGAAGCAUUUACUACUAAUAAUUUACUAAUUGAAGAAUCGAUAAUAUUUGACAUUUCUACACUUCGUAUUCGAGGUGAUCUGAAAACCUAUUUAAAAAAUAGUGCAACUCGAAUUGUUGUUUUAUGGGUUCAAUCAAAAUACAUGCCCUCAAUUUUACGCUAUGCUCUUAAAUAUGAUCUACUGGGUCCACAAUUUACAUGGAUAUUGAGUUCAACUGUUUCAUUAAAUGGUUUUGAUAAAAAAGUUUAUGAAAAAUUAAUUGGAUUAUUUGCCGUUGAGCCUAUUACAGGAAAUGUUGUUGAUGUACCAAUUAAUACAACAUUAAUAAAUGCAGCAUAUCAGAUUUGGCAAAAAUUUGAACCAGAAUCAUUUCCUGGAUCGACAAAAGUGAAUUAUUAUGCAUUAUUUGCAUUUGAUGCAACAUGGUCAUUAAUUCAAUCAUUAGAAAAACUUUGUUCAACAAUUAAAACUAAUUCUUCUCCUUCAUGCUUGUCAUUUAUUGAAUCUUCAUUUUGUUUUAAUCGUCGUUUUGUUCAUGCUGGUUUAUUAUUAAAUACAGUUAGUAGAACAGACUUUCUCGGUGUAUCUGGUUCUAUAACAUUUACUGUUAACGUAACAGAUCGAACCAAUGCUUUCCAUUAUUAUAUAAAAAAUCUUCAACGUUCUUCAAAUGUUUUAAAUUUUGUACCCGUAUUAGAAUAUUCUGAUCAUAGCAAUUGGGAAACAUUUAAAGAAAAAAGUGUUAUUGUGUGGCCAGGUAAUUCAUUAGUGCCUCCGACUGGUAGAGCCAUGCUUAAAGGUAUACCUUUACGAAUUGGUGUUAUUGAAUCAGUUCCAUUUACAAUAAUAACACACGUCAUCAAUGAAUUUGGACAAAAUACAACUAAGUUAACUGGUUAUAUCCCUGAGCUUAUUGAAUUAUUACGAAAAAAAAUCGGAUUUAUUCCAAAUAUUGAUAUAGCACCAUCAAAUCAAACAUAUAUUGGAUUAAUUCAAGCAGUAGCAAAUGGUGAUUAUGAUAUUGUGAUUGGUGAUGUAACAAUUACUGCAAUGCGAAGAGAAUCAGUCGGUUUUUCGAAUGCAAUAUUUGAUAAUUCUUUACGUAUUAUAAUGCGAAAAACACCUGAUGUUAGUAUUGAUCUAUUAUCAUUCUUAAAACCAUUUUCACGUAAUCUUUGGCUAUUAGUAUUAGGUACUUGUAUCUAUGCCGGCUUAUUGCUUUGUCUUAUAGAAAGAAAAUAUAAUGAGAAAUUACAAAAUCGAUCAAUACUAUCUCAAAUAACAAUGAGUAUAUGGUAUUCUUUUGGUAAUAUUGUUGGAUAUGGUGUUGAUUUUCAUGUUAGUACAGCUGCUGGACGUUUAGUUACUGUUGGUUUAUAUAUGUUAAGUUUAAUAUUAGUAGCUACAUACACUGCAAAUUUAGCAUCAGAUUUAACAAUAUCAAAAUCAAAAGAUAUUAUUUCUGGCAUUAAAGAUAUUAAAAAUGGAAAAAUUCCAUUUAAUCGUAUUGGUGUUUCUAUUGGUACAGCAAGUGAAGAUUAUUAUUUAAGAGAAAUAUCUAGUGAUAAUAAGAGUUAUUAUCCAUUAAAAACUCGACAAGAAUUAUAUGAUAGUUUACUUACUGAAAAUAUUGAUGUAGCUUUUAUGGAUACUGGUACUGCUGAAUAUGUUACGAAUAAUAUUUAUUGCAAUUUCAAAUUAAUUGGAGAAGAUUUUGAGAAAGGUUCUUUUGGGAUAGUUACACCAAAACAAUGGUUAUAUGCUAAAGAUUUAGAUGUCAAUAUUUUAUUAUUAAGAGAAUCAGGCCAACUUGAUGAGUUAAGAGCACAAUGGUUUCAAAAAAAGGAAUGUCCUAGUUCAUCUGAAACAUCAACUGCAAUGCAUAUUGAUUCAUUGGGUGGAUUAUUUUUAAUUUUUGCAGUCAUUACUUUUCUAUCAUUAUUAUUAUUUAUAUGGUCGAAACAAUUUAUUUUUAUAAAUUAUUUACUUAUGUUAGUAGAUCGAAAAAAAUCUUUAUUCCAAAAGAAAACUUCUAUGGUAAAAUACUCAAACGAAACAUCAAUCUAUACACAAAAUCCUGCAUUAUCUUCAUCUACUAUUGUACAAUUCUGA